ACCAAAGCAGCAUUCCUGCACCUAGCCAAGAAAGAAAUACAAGGAGUAAAAGAAACAUGGUUAGUGCCAAGAGACUUGCUCAGAUGGCAAAGAAGUGGCAGAGGAUGGCGGCCAUCGGGAGGAAGAGGCUCACCCAAACCAUAUCAGCGGCCAAAGGAGCAGCCAAUGACGAGCGAUGUGCAACUUCGCCAUCAGUGGCAAUGAAGGGCCACUGUGUCGUGUACACCGCCGACAGUGUGCGGUUUGAGGUGCCGCUGGCAUACCUCGACACGGCGGUCUUCUGCGAGCUCCUGGCGAUGUCCCAGGAGGAGUUCGGCUUUGCAGGUGGCGAUGAUGGGAGGAUCAUGCUGCCCUGUGAUGCCACGGUCAUGGAGUAUGCCCUGCGCUUGCUCCGGAGAGAUGCCUCCACAGAAGUCGUGAUGGCAUUCAUGAGCUCCAUCGCGAGGCCGUGCAGCUUCGAGGGCAGUGUGGUGGGCGUAGGGCUUAACCAGCAAGUAGCAGUUUGUUAGCUUCUGAAGAAUGGCAUGCAGCUGUAGAGGAGCUACAUUUAGCCCUGCUAUGUUAAUUGCAUCAUAUGAAUAUACAGUAUAGCAAGUUGUAGAUUGGAGAAGGAAAUUUAUGAAGAUUACCUUGCAUUUCUCGACAUGGUGAACUUUUGUAACUCCAAUAAUGAAAACCUUGGGUAUA